AUGAAGAAGACACACAAAGACUUGGCUGUAAUCAAUCGCUGUAUGGGAAAGACAUUUGCCCUGAGAAGACAGGAGAUUUUGAACAGCAGUCCUGAAAUACUGACAGUGGAGAAUAGAUGGCCGGCACUAUUUCUAUAGUCACAGGUAUUGCUUUGGCCUGGUGGCAGGGUUUACAUUCUGUUACAAUGACUAAAAUGGAAGGAAUGGAGGGUAAGUGUGUCUGUGUGUGUGUGUGGGGGGGGGGGGGGGGGGGGGGGUUAUUGAGUUAUUGUCAUUCAGUAAGAGCCUGGUAAUGUAUAAUCGCAUUAAGUACAGAAAACUUCUGUCUUAAACCAAACCAAAAAGAAAAUCAUCGUUUAACUAAUCAGAACCUGCAGCAAUCGUUCUUUGCUGCACUAGACCAUCACAUUGAACGCUUGCUGGCUUUAUCCCGGGAGGUGCAGGGACAGAUGGGGAGCUUUCUGCCAUUCUGA